AUGGGCUUUCCUGUUAGCAGUUUGCUGUGUCCACCAAAUCGAAAGCAGUUUGAUCCCGUUGCAUUUUUGUCAGGAUCGAUUAUGAUUGCUAUGGACUUCACGGAAUUUAAACCACCACUUUUUGCACUGGUUUCUUCCACACUUCCAGCUAAGGUCAACAUCAUCCCCUCAAUGCUGCUAAACCCACUAAUUACAUCUUCCAACCCUGCUCACAACGACCGCGUGUGCAGUACGUGGGGCAACUUCCACUUCAAGACCUUUGACGGGGCCAUCUUCUACUUCCCUGGGCUCUGCAACUACAUUUUUGCAUCCCAGUGCAACACUCCCUACGAGGAUUUCAACAUCCAGUUCAGGCGCACAGUGGUGGACAACGCCCCAACAAUCAGCCGUAUCACCAUGAAGCUGGAAGGUGUAGCUAUAGAACUAAGGAAGGACAUUGUCACCAUCAACAGCAACAAAGUUCAACUGCCCUACAGCCAAUCUGGAGUUACAAUAGAGAAAAGCAGCAUUUAUGUGAAAGUUGCCAGCAAAAUGGGCAUCCUGUUAAUGUGGAAUGAAGAUGACAGCAUCCUGCUGGAACUGAGUGAGAAAUAUGCCAAUCAGACCUGUGGACUUUGUGGGGACUUCAAUGGCUCUCCAGUUUACAAUGAGUUCUAUUCCAACAAUGUUAAGCUGACAGCCUCACAGUAUGGGAACAUGCAGAAAAUGGAUGGGCCAACAGAACACUGUGAAGACUACGCUCCUACUGCGCUGGAAAACUGCACCGAGACCUCAGAUGACAUAUGCCAGAAAACCUUGACCAGCUCUGCAUUUGCAGAAUGUAACUCCCUUGUUGAUGUCACAGAGUACAUCGCAGCCUGCCAGGCUGAUCUGUGCCGCUCUGAAGUAUCUAAGAACUCCUCAUGUAUCUGUGACACCAUUGCUGAGUACUCCCGGCAGUGUGCUCAUGCUGGUGGGCAACCUCUCAACUGGAGAACCUCAAAGCUGUGCCCCAAGAAGUGUCCUUACAACAUGGAAUACCAGGAGUGCAGCUCCCCCUGUGCUGACACCUGCACCAAUCCUGGACGAUCUCAGUUUUGUGAAGAGCACUGCAUGGAUGGCUGCUUCUGCCCCCCAGGGACUGUAUUCGAUGACAUCAACAACUCUGGCUGCAUCCCCAGCCAGCAGUGCUCCUGUACUUACAACGGCCACACCUACGCUACAGGAACGUCUUUCACAGAGCCCUGCCAAACCUGUACCUGCAACGGAGGCCAGUGGAGCUGCCAAGACAAGUCAUGCCCAGGAAUAUGCUCAGUAGAAGGAGGUUCACACAUUUCCACCUUUGAUAAAAAAACUUAUGACCACCACGGUGACUGCACAUAUGUCCUUUCCAAGCACUGCACAGAUGAAACCUUCACCAUCCUGGCAGAGCUACGCAAGUGCGGUGUGACAGACACUGAGACGUGCCUCAAGUCAGUGACCCUCAACAUGAACAAAGGACAAACUGUCAUCGAGGUCAGGUCUGAUGGUGGUGUGUUUGUGAACUCCAUUUACACCCAGCUGCCCAUCUCAGCAGCUAAUGUCACCAUUUUCAGACCUUCAACAUUCUUCACCAUCCUGGACACCAACUUUGGUGUCCACCUGGAAGUCCAACUGACACCCAUCAUGCAAGUGUAUGUGCAGAUAGAUGCUGCUUUCAAAGGCCAGACCUGCGGUCUCUGUGGCAAUUUCAAUAACAUUCAAACCGAUGACUUCAAGGCCAUAAGUGGAAUAGUUGAAGGAACAGCCACAGCAUUUGCUAAUACAUGGAAAACUCAAGCCUCCUGCCCUAACAGCCAGCGCAGCUUCGAGAACCCCUGUGCCCUCAGCAUUGACAAUGAAAAUUAUGCUCAGCACUGGUGUGGACUACUCACUAACAGCACAGGACCUUUUGCUGCCUGCCACUAUGCAGUGAAUCCUUCUGUUCACUACACGAACUGCAUGUUUGACACCUGCAACUGUGAGAACAGUGAGGACUGCCUGUGUGCAGCCCUCUCCUCCUAUGUGAGAGCUUGUGCUGCAAAAGGAAUCCAGCUGCCUGGGUGGAGGACUGAUGUCUGCUCGAAAUACACCACCUCGUGUCCCAAAUCCCUGAGCUACAGCUACACUAUCUCCUCCUGCCAACCCACCUGCCGCUCUCUGAGUGAGCCUGAUGUCACAUGCAACAUCGAGUUUGUCCCAGUUGAUGGCUGCACCUGUGCCAAUGGAACCUAUAUGGAUGAGAGUGGCAAAUGUGUGCCUGCUGACCAGUGCCCCUGCUACUACAGAGGAUCUCCACUGCCUCUUGGAGAAGUUAUCCGGGAAAAUGGGCUCGUUUGCAAUUGCAUCCAGGGGAAACUGAACUGCAUUGGAACACCCAAUUCAGCUACAGUCUGUGAAUCUCCCAUGGUCUACUUCGACUGCAGAAAUGUCUCUGCAGGAACAACUGGAGCAGGAUGUCAGAAAAGCUGCCAGACUCUGGACAUGCACUGUUACAGCACCCAGUGUGUGUCUGGCUGCGUGUGCCCAGCUGGGCUCGUGUUAGAUGGGAAUGGUGGUUGUAUUCCUGAAGAGCAAUGCCCUUGUAUCCACAAUGAAGCCACCUACCAGCCUGGGGAAAAGAUCAACGUUGACUGUAACACCUGUGUCUGCAAGAAUAGGAAGUGGGAAUGCACCAAAAAUCAGUGCCUGGGCACUUGUGCUGUUUAUGGAGAUGGUCAUUAUAACACCUUUGAUGACAAAAGGUUCAGCUUCAAUGGAAACUGUGAAUACACACUAGUCCAGGAUCACUGUGGGAAGAGUGGAACCACCAAUGGGACCUUCAGGGUUGUCACUGAAAAUAUUCCCUGUGGCAACACUGGGACAACUUGCUCAAAAUCUAUCAAAGUGUUCUUGGAGAGCUAUGAACUGAUCCUCAGUGAGGAGCACAUCAGUGUGGUAAAGAGGGGACAGAACGAUGAGGUGCCAUACACUGUCCGCUAUAUGGGUAUGUACCUGGUGAUCGAGACCACCAGUGGGCUGAUCCUCAUGUGGGACAAGAAAACCAGCAUCUUCAUCAAGCUCAGCCCCGGUUUUAAGGGCCAGAUCUGUGGCCUCUGUGGAAACUACGACGGCAACGGCAUCAAUGACUUGACUACGAGGAGUCAGUCUGUGGUAGAGAAUAUCCUAGAGUUUGGGAACAGCUGGAAAGUGUCUUCUACGUGUCCUGAUGCCUACAGCAUAAAGGACCCAUGUUCUACCAACCCUUACCGGAAGUCCUGGUCAGAGAAGCAGUGCAGCAUCAUCAACAGCAACGUCUUUGCCACCUGCCACUCUCAGGUCGAACCUGCAGAAUAUUACCAAGCAUGUGUGAGAGAUUCCUGUGCCUGUGACAGUGGAGGAGACUGUGAUUGCUUCUGCACAGCAGUAGCUGCCUACGCUCAAGCAUGUAGUGAAGUUGGUGUCUGCGUGGCCUGGAGAACCCCCUCAAUCUGUCCACUCUUCUGUGAUUACUACAAUCAACAUGGGGAGUGUGAAUGGCACUAUAAGCCUUGUGGAGCCCCUUGUAUGAAGACCUGUAGGAACCCAAGUGGAAAAUGCCACAAUAACUUGCCAGGGUUAGAAGGCUGCUACCCCAACUGCCCACCAGACAGGCCCUAUUUUCAUGAGGAUGAGAUGAAGUGUGUCAGUCUCUGUGACUGUUAUGAUAAUGAAGAUGGAAAGAUAUACAAACGAGAUGAAUGUGAAGUAUGUGAAUGCACCUCAGAAGGUAUAGAGUGCAAGUUUGAUGAUAAAGCCUGCAGCUGUGUUUAUGAAGAGCAGAGCUAUAAAUAUGGUGAGCUCAUCUACAACACCACGGAUGGGACAGGAUGGUGCUUCAGUGCAACCUGUGAUGUCAACAGAACAAUAAGCAGAGAAGUCUUUAGGUGUGGUAUCUCUACGACCACCCCAUUCACCUUUACUACAACUCAGCCCACAACUCCUCCCUCAGUACUGACAACCACCACACCAGCAACAACUGUGUGCGUGAAGAAUGUCUGCACUUGGUCGCCGUGGUACGAUUCCACUCAGCCUGACAACACAGAGGAUGGGGGAGAUGAUGAAACUUUUGAAAAGCUGAAGGCUGAAGGAUACAGUGUGUGCAAAAAUCCAGCUGCUGUGCAGUGCAGGGCCAGGGAACACCCUGACAAAGAACUGAGUGCUCUGAACCAGACAGUAGAGUGCAGUGAAAGUCGAGGGUUGAUAUGCAACAACAAGGACCAAGAGUCUGAUCCGUGCUAUAAUUAUGAAAUGAGAGUGCAAUGCUGCAGCUACCUUCCCUGCUCAGAGGUAACGACCACAACGCCAGGAAGCACACAAGAACUCAAAACGCCUGCAGCUCUGCAGUCCACACCGUUUACAACACUGACCACAACAGGACCAACAACACCAAAGCAAGAGACUGAAAGAACCACAAUAACAACCCGUGAAAAACAAAGCACAGCCGCUCCGACUGGGACUGCAUCGACAGCACAGCCACCACAAGUCACCACCACAGGAUACAGGACCACAGCUGCUCCAGCAGAAACAUCCACUGGCCCCACACAGGCUCCUACAUCACCCAGCAAUGCCUCCACUGUCCCUCGAGAGAAAACAGAGACCACAGCUGGCACCACAGUUGGACCAACUACUGCUGCCCCAACAGCAGAAGGCACCACCAUUAGCACAGCCACCAGCAGCACCAGCACUCCCAGGACAUCUCCUAUGACAACAGAAGGCACAACCAUCUUCACAAGCACAACUCCAGUGCCCACCUCAUCAGCCACCACCACUACCAGCACCUUAGAGAUGACAACUGGCUGCCAGCCACGCUGUGCCUGGACACAGUGGUUUAACGUGGACACCCCCAGCCCAGGAAGCCAAAAUGGAGACAUGGAGACCUUUGAGAACAUCCGAGCUGCUGGCUUCUCUCUCUGUGCAAGGCCAGAAGGCAUCAAGUGCCGUGCCAAGGACUUUCCCGCCAGGACUGUGGAAAUUCUGGGACAGGUAUUUGAGUGCAACCUUAUCACUGGGCUUGUGUGCAAAAAUGAGGACCAGAUUGAGAAGUACCCCAUGUGCUUCGACUAUGAGGUGCAGGUGCUGUGCUGUGACCGCACUCACUGCCAGGCAACAGCACCUCCGACCAGCACCGCCACAGCCUCCAACACCACGGCCUCCACCACCAUCACCUCUCCUGCAGGAACCCCCUCCAUAGUGACCCAGACUCCAGCUCCAACAACUCCUCCAACCACUCUCUCUCAGAAAGAAACUACCACCACCACAGCUGGCACCACAGUCGUGACCACUACACCUGCUGCUGCCCCAACAACAGGAGGCACCACCCUCAUCACAAGCACCAGCAGGGCCAGCACGGCCAAGACAUCUCCACCUCCAAAACAAUCCACAACAACCAUCACAACCACACUACAAACACCAACCACAGCCAGCAGCACUGCAGCCAGCACCUCCACUACCACAGAGGGAACCACCACAACAGCCACAACCACCUCUGCUCCAGCAGAAACAUCCACUGUGCCCACUCAGACUCCUACAUCACCCAGCAACACCUCCCCUGUCCCUCGAGAGAAAAGCACAGCUGGCACCACAGUUGGACCAACUACUGCUGCCCCAACAACAGGAGGCACCUCUCUCAUCACAACCACCAGCAGCACCAGCACGGCCAAGACGUCUCCACCUCCAAAACAAUCCACAACAACCAUCAGAACCACACCACCAGCAACAACUGCAGCCAGCACUACCUCCAGCCCCUCCACUACCACAGAGGGAACCACCACAACAGCCACAACCACCUCUGCUCCAGCAGAAACAUCCACUGUGCCCACUCAUACUCCUACAUCACCCAGCAAUGCCUCCACUGUCCCUCGAGAGAAAAGCACAGCUGGCACCACAGUUGGACCAACUACUGCUGCCCCAACAACAGAAGGCACCACCAGUGGUACCAGCACAGCCAAGACAUCUCCACCUCCAAAACAAUCCACAACAACCAUCACAACCACACCAACAGCACCAACCUCAGCCAGCAGCACUACCAGCACCUCUGCUACCACUAAGCAAACCACCACAACAUCUUCUACCACAUCUGCUCCAGGACAAAGUUCUGCUGUGCCCACUCAGGCUCCUACAUCACCCACCACCACCUCCAAUGUGCCCACAGGAAAAAUAGUGACCACAGCUGGCACCACAGUUGGACCAACUACUGCUGCCCCAACAACAGGAGGCACCACCCUCAUCACAAGCACCAGCAGGGCCAGCACGGCCAAGACAUCUCCACCUCCAAAACAAUCCACAACAACCAUCACAACCACACCAACAACAGCAACCAUAGCCAGCAGCACUGCCAGUACCUCCACUACCACAGAGGGAACCACCACAACAGCCACAACCACCUCUGCUCCAGCAGAAACAUCCACUGUGCCCACUCAGACUCCUACAUCACCCAGCAAUGCCUCCACUGUCCCUCGAGAGAAAACAGAGACCACAGCUGGCACCACAGUUGGACCAACUACUGCUGCCCCAACAGCAGAAGGCACCACCAUUAGCACAGCCACCAGCAGCACCAGCACUCCCAGGACAUCUCCUAUGACAACAGAAGGCACAACCAUCUUCACAAGCACAACUCCAGUGCCCACCUCAUCAGCCACCACCACUACCAGCACCUUAGAGAUGACAACUGGCUGCCAGCCACGCUGUGCCUGGACACAGUGGUUUAACGUGGACACCCCCAGCCCAGGAAGCCAAAAUGGAGACAUGGAGACCUUUGAGAACAUCCGAGCUGCUGGCUUCUCUCUCUGUGCAAGGCCAGAAGGCAUCAAGUGCCGUGCCAAGGACUUUCCCGCCAGGACUGUGGAAACUCUGGGACAGGUCUAUGAGUGCAGCCUCAACAUUGGGCUUGUGUGCAAAAAUGAGGACCAGAUUGAGAAGUACCCCAUGUGCCUCGACUACGAGGUGCAGGUGCUGUGCUGUGACCGCACUCACUGCCAGGCAACAGCACCUCCGACCAGCACCGCCACAGCCUCCAACACCACGGCCUCCACCACCAUCACCUCUCCUGCAGGAACCCCCUCCAUAGUGACCCAGACUCCAGCUCCAACAACUCCUCCAACCACUCUCUCUCAGAAAGAAACUACCACCACCACAGCUGGCACCACAGUCGUGACCACUACAACUGCUGCUGCCCCAACAACAGGAGGCACCACCCUCAUCACAAGCACCAGCAGGGCCAGCACGGCCAAGACAUCUCCACCUCCAAAACAAUCCACAACAACCAUCACAACCACACUACGAACACCAACCACAGCCAGCAGCACUGCAGCCAGCACCUCCACUACCACAGAGGGAACCACCACAACAGCCACAACCACCUCUGCUCCAGCCAAAACAUCCACUGUGCCCACUCAGACUCCUACAUCACCCAGCAAUGCCUCCACUGUCCCUCGAGAGAAAAGCACAGCUGGCACCACAGUUGGACCAACUACUGCUGCCCCAACAACAGGAGGCACCACCCUCAUCACAAGCACCAGCAGGGCCAGCACGGCCAAGACGUCUCCACCUCCAAAACAAUCCACAACAACCAUCACAACCACACCAACAGCACCAACCUCAGCCAGCAGCACUGCCAGCACCUCUGCUACCACUAAGCAAACCACCACAACAUCUUCUACCACAUCUGCUCCAGGACAAAGUUCUGCUGUGCCCACUCAGGCUCCUACAUCACCCACCACCACCUCCAAUGUGCCCACAGGUAAAAUAGUGACCACAGUUGGACCAACUACUGCUGCCCCAACAACAGAAGGCACCACCAGUGGUACCAGCACAGCCAAGACAUCUCCACCUCCGAAACAAUCCACAACAACCAUCACAGCCACACCAACAGCAUCAACCUCAGCCAGCAGCACUGCCAGCACCUCUGCUACCACUAAGCAAACCACCACAACAUCUUCUACCACAUCUGCUCCAGGACAAAGUUCUGCUGUGCCCACUCAGGCUCCUACAUCACCCACCACCACCUCCAAUGUGCCCACAGGAAAAAUAGUGACCACAGCUGGCACCACAGUUGGACCAACUACUGCUGCCCCAACAACAGGAGGCACCACCCUCAUCACAAGCACCAGCAGGGCCAGCACGGCCAAGACAUCUCCACCUCCAAAACAAUCCACAACAACCAUCACAACCACACCAACAACAGCAACCAUAGCCAGCAGCACUGCAGCCAGCACCUCCACUACCACAGAGGGAACCACCACAACAGCCACAACCACCUCUGCUCCAGCAGAAACAUCCACUGUGCCCACUCAGACUCCUACAUCACCCAGCAAUGCCUCCACUGUCCCUCGAGAGAAAAGCACAGCUGGCACCACAGUUGGACCAACUACUGCUGCCCCAACAACAGAAGGCACCACCAGUGGUACCAGCACAGCCAAGACAUCUCCACCUCCAAAACAAUCCACAACAACCAUCACAACCACACCAACAGCACCAACCUCAGCCAGCAGCACUGCCAGCACCUCUGCUACCACUAAGCAAACCACCACAACAUCUCCAACAACAGCUGCUCCAGGACAAAGUUCUGCUGUGCCCACUCAGGCUCCUACAUCACCCACCACCACCUCCAAUGUGCCCACAGGAAAAAUAGUGACCACAGCUGGCACCACAGUCGUGACCACUACAACUGCUGCUGCCCCAACAACAGGAGGCACCACCCUCAUCACAAGCACCAGCAGGGCCAGCACGGCCAAGACAUCUCCACCUCCAAAACAAUCCACAACAACCAUCACAACCACACCAACAACACCAACCACAGCCAGCAGCACUGCAGCCAGCACCUCCACUACCACAGAGGGAACCACCACAACAGCCACAACCACCUCUGCUCCAGCAGAAACAUCCACUGUGCCCACUCAGACUCCUACAUCACCCAGCAAUGCCUCCACUGUCCCUCGAGAGAAAAGCACAGCUGGCACCACAGUUGGACCAACUACUGCUGCCCCAACAACAGGAGGCACCACCCUCAUCACAAGCACCAGCAGCACCAGCACGGCCAAGACAUCUCCACCUCCAAAACAAUCCACAACAACCAUCAGAACCACACCAUCAGCAACAACUGCAGCCAGCACUACCACCAGCCCCUCCACUACCACAGAGGGAACCACCACAACAGCCACAACCACCUCUGCUCCAGCAGAAACAUCCACUGUGCCCACUCAGACUCCUACAUCACCCAGCAAUGCCUCCACUGUCCCUCGAGAGAAAAGCACAGCUGGCACCACAGUUGGACCAACUACUGCUGCCCCAACAACAGAAGGCACCACCAGUGGUACCAGCACAGCCAAGACGUCUCCACCUCCGAAACAAUCCACAACAACCAUCACAACCACACCAACAGCACCAACCUCAGCCAGCAGCACUGCCAGCACCUCUGCUACCACUAAGCAAACCACCACAACAUCUUCUACCACAUCUGCUCCAGGACAAAGUUCUGCUGUGCCCACUCAGGCUCCUACAUCACCCACCACCACCUCCAAUGUGCCCACAGGAAAAAUAGUGACCACAGCUGGCACCACAGUCGUGACCACUACAACUGCUGCUGCCCCAACAACAGGAGGCACCACCCUCAUCACAAGCACCAGCAGGGCCAGCACGGCCAAGACAUCUCCACCUCCAAAACAAUCCACAACAACCAUCACAACCACACUACGAACACCAACCACAGCCAGCAGCACUGCAGCCAGCACCUCCACUACCACAGAGGGAACCACCACAACAGCCACAACCACCUCUGCUCCAGCAGAAACAUCCACUGUGCCCACUCAGACUCCUACAUCACCCAGCAAUGCCUCCACUGUCCCUCGAGAGAAAAGCACAGCUGGCACCACAGUUGGACCAACUACUGCUGCCCCAACAACAGAAGGCACCACCAGUGGUACCAGCACAGCCAAGACAUCUCCACCUCCAAAACAAUCCACAACAACCAUCACAACCACACCAACAGCACCAACCUCAGCCAGCAGCACUGCCAGCACCUCUGCUACCACUAAGCAAACCACCACAACAUCUCCAACAACAGCUGCUCCAGGACAAAGUUCUGCUGUGCCCACUCAGGCUCCUACAUCACCCACCACCACCUCCAAUGUGCCCACAGGAAAAAUAGUGACCACAGCUGGCACCACAGUCGUGACCACUACACCUGCUGCUGCCCCAACAACAGGAGGCACCACCCUCAUCACAAGCACCAGCAGGGCCAGCACAGCCAAGACAUCUCCACCUCCAAAACAAUCCACAACGACCAUCACAACCACACCAACAACACCAACCACAGCCAGCAGCACUGCAGCCAGCACCUCCACUACCACAGAGGGAACCACCACAACAGCCACAACCACCUCUGCUCCAGCAGAAACAUCCACUGUGCCCACUCAGACUCCUACAUCACCCAGCAAUGCCUCCACUGUCCCUCGAGAGAAAAGCACAGCUGGCACCACAGUUGGACCAACUACUGCUGCCCCAACAACAGAAGGCACCACCAGUGGUACCAGCACAGCCAAGACAUCUCCACCUCCAAAACAAUCCACAACAACCAUCACAACCACACCAGCAGCACCAACCUCAGCCAGCAGCACUGCCAGCACCUCUGCUACCACUAAGCAAACCACCACAACAUCUUCUACCACAUCUGCUCCAGGACAAAGUUCUGCUGUGCCCACUCAGGCUCCUACAUCACCCACCACCACCUCCAAUGUGCCCACAGGAAAAAUAGUGACCACAGCUGGCACCACAGUUGGACCAACUACUGCUGCCCCAACAACAGGAGGCACCACCCUCAUCACAAGCACCAGCAGGGCCAGCACGGCCAAGACAUCUCCACCUCCAAAACAAUCCACAACAACCAUCACAACCACACCAACAACAGCAACCAUAGCCAGCAGCACUGCAGCCAGUACCUCCACUACAACUGAGGGGACCACUACAACAUCCUCUACCUCACCCUCAGGACAAAGCUCUGCUGUGCCCACUCAGGCUCCGACAUCACCCACCACCACCUCCAAUGUGCCCACAGGAAAAACUGUGACCACAGCUGGCACCACAGUUGGACCAACUACUGCUGCCCCAACAACUGAAAGUUCAACUUUGUUAACAACGAUCAGCAGCACGGCCAAGACAUCUCCACCUGCAAAAGAAACCACAACAACCACCACAACCACAGCCAGCAGUAUCUCCAGCCCCUUCACUACCACCACGGGAAGCACCACAACAUCUGCAGCCAACUCUGCUCCAGCAGAAACAUCCACUGUGCCCACUCAGGCCCCUACAUCACCCAAGACCACCUCUACAGUCCCUGAAGAAAAAACAGUAACCACAACCAGCCCAGUCUCUACAGCUGGCACAUCACGUGUUACCACCAGGAUUUCCACCAUCCUGAGCUCUUCCCCCAGCACACCUCUCACCACAGAAGCAAGCAGAACAACCCCCUGCUUUUGCCAGGUCUUUGACAAUCUGUUUUCUCCUGGGGAAGUGGUCUACAACAGGACAGACAGGGCUGGCUGCAACUUCUAUGCACUUUGCAGCAAGGAAUGUGAAAUUGAGGCCUUCCAGGGUGCCUGUCCUUCCACAACUCCUGCCACGACAGCCACCUCAAGAGCUACCACACAAACCAUCUCAUCCACACCUCUGCCUUCUUCUGCACCAACAACCCCACCACAGCUCCCCACAAACUGCACUGAUGUCCUUCCUUCGCGAAAGCCUGGAGAGACCUGGAUAAGUAACUGCCAGGAGUGCGUCUGUGACCCCAGCACCAGCACCACACGAUGCCAGCCACUGCCAUGCCAAAACAACCAGACACAGAAGUGUGAGCCAGGAUUUAUUUCCAUGCCUACCCGCUCAGAAACAGAGCCAUGCUGUCCUCAGUAUGAAUGCCGAAGAAUACCUGACACCUGUGUGAUUAAUGGCACAGUGUACAUGGCUGGAAUGACAACAGACAUUGAUUCGUGCCAGAAAUGCACCUGCAGUUCUGAGAAAGACCCAGUGACUGAGGAAAAUCUGGUACAUUGUGAAACAGUUCAGUGCAACACAUCUUGUCCACUGGUGAGUUGA